AUGGCAUUGGUGAAGGAGAAACACAUUCAGUUUAUUAAAAGCUUAAACGAUGAUGUGACUGAACAAAUGAUUGAGUACUGGCUAAGCGAACAUCUUCGGUUAAAUGGAAUUUACUGGGGGCUCACAGCAGUCCUUCUAUUGCAAGAACCCUCAACUUUAGAUCAACAAGAAGUAAUCAAGUUUGUAUUAAAAUGUUGGGAUCUGAAGCAAGGAGGAUUUGCUCCGUUUCCCCGUCAUGAUGCACACAUGUUAUCUACAUUAUCUGGGAUUCAGAUCCUAGCCAAUUAUGGAGCAUGGGACGUAUUAAACGAGAAAAAACAGGACUUGGUCAAGUUCAUUAAAGGACUUCAAUUACCGAACGGCUCAUUCCAAGGUGAUAGGUUUGGAGAAGUAGAUACAAGGUUCUCUUAUAAUGCUGUAUCAUCAUUGGCCAUAUUAGGAGAAUUGACCAAAGAUGUAACUGAGCCAGCAUUGGAAUUUGUAUUGAGAUGUCAAAACUUUGAUGGUGGAUUUGGAAUGGUCCCUGGAGCAGAGAGCCACGCAGCACAAGUAUUCACAUGUAUUGGGUUUUUGGCCAUAACUGACAAUUUACACCAUAUAGAUGUGGAUAAGAUCGGGUCUUGGUUAAGUGAUCGACAAGUUGAAAGUGGAGGAUUAAAUGGUAGACCAGAAAAGUUACCUGAUGUUUGUUACAGCUGGUGGGUAUUAUCUUCGCUAGCCAUGAUAGGGAAAGCCCAUUGGAUAGAUUUCGAUAAGCUUGAACAGUAUAUAUUGAGUUGUCAAGAUACUGAAAAUGGAGGUAUUAGUGAUCGUCCAGAUAAUGAAUGUGACGUGUUCCAUACAUGCUUCGGACUUACGGGUUUGAGUUUGAUGAAUAAUGAAAAGUACUCUAUGUUAAGCAUAGAUCCAAUUUAUUGCAUGCCAAAGGAGGUGACCAAGAAGUUUGACAAAUGGAAACAAUCAACUACAUGA